GUUGAACUUAUCAAGGAAAGCAUGAUUGUUAUUCUAUGAGAUGAUGAUGUCUUUAACUGCGUUGUUUUUAUUAUCGUAAAGCUUCCAUGGAAACUUAUGCUCAUCUCGAAGAAUAUAGGCCAGUGUAAAGGUUAAAUUAUAAAUAUGACACAACAUCUGCAAGAAAUUAUAACCCAGUUUGUGACAGGGUUAAAAAAUAAAAAUGAAGAUGUUAGAAAUAAGUCUGCCAUGGAUUUAUACCGCUUUGUGGUCACUGAGUUACGGGAAAUGCCCUCCGAGUACCACACAACCUUCAUGGAUAAAUUCAACCAUUUCAUUUUUGAAAUGGUAUCCAGUUCAGAUAUGAAUGAGCGCAAAGGCGGAAUAUUGGCCAUAGUUAGUCUUACUGGAGUUGAUGUAGGGAACACCUCCACCAGAAUAAGUAGGUUCUCUAAUUACCUUCGGAAUCUUCUGCCGUCCAAUGAUGUAUCAGUCAUGGAGAUGGCUGCUCGGGCAGUGGGCUGGCUGGCCUACUCCUCAGGCUCCUAUGCUGCAGAGUAUGUGGAGCAUGAAGUGAAGCGUGCCUUAGAGUGGUUAACUAGUGAUCGACAGGAGAGCAAGCGACUAGCUGCUGUUUUGGUGCUGAAAGAACUUGCUGUAAAUACCCCAACAUUCUUCUUUCAACAAGUACAGCAGUUUUUUGAUUGUAUUUUCAAUGCUGUUAGAGAUCCGAAGCCCAACAUCAGAGAAGGAGCUGUUGCAGCCCUGAGGGCCGCUCUGGCGGUAACCUCACAGCGAGAGAGCAAGGCCACUCAGAAGGCUCAGUGGUACAGGCAAUGUUAUGAUGAGGCUGUGAAACUGUAUGAUGAGUUGCAGGGAAGAGAGAAGAAACUAUCUCGAGAUGACUGGGCUCAUGGAUCCCUUCUCAUAAUGAAUGAACUGUUGAGAUGUAGUAAUAUUGAGGGAGAGAGGCUAAGAAUGGAAAUGGAAGAUAUAACUAACCAGCAGUAUCAACAUGAAAGGACUCUUAAGGAGAUGUCAAAGACCCACAAAUCACCCUCCAGUUCUCUAGCCCUGCAGCAGUUCCAACACAAAGCAUUCCCCAUCAACAACUUUAUGUCUGGCAAUCGGCAUAACAUGCAGAAAAUCAGUUUUGAAAGCCGAACUUGUAAACAGCUUGUCGAAAGUCAUUUUGAUAAGGUGUGUGCCCUACUUUUGAGACACAAGAACAGCAAGAGUGUUCACAUCCAGCUGAUUCUACAAGUUAUCUUUCCACGUCUUGCCGCCUUUAAACCACAUGAAUUCUCCCGACUGUACCUGGAUGAUACAAUCAACUUCCUGUUGGGGUCACUGAAAACAACACGAGACAAGACCUCCACAUUCCAGGCCAUUGGACUACUGGCCAUUUCUGUCCAGGACAACAUUGUCCGAUACCUUCCCGGGAUCCUGGAGGUCAUCAGGGCUUCCCUCCCUCCCAAAGACCUACCAGCCAAGAAACAGAAGAAUAUGGUUGUGGAUCCAUCAGUUUUUACCUGUAUCAGCAUGCUGGCCAGAGCUGUAGGCCCAGCCAUGAUUAAGGAUGUCAGAGAUCUGUUAGACUCCAUGUUUGCAACUGGUCUGAGUCCUGCUUUGACUGCAGCCCUUCGUGAUCUGGCCAUACAGAUCCCACAACUAAAGAAAGAGAUUCAGGAAGGGCUGUUGAAGAACCUCUCACUCAUCUUAAUGGGGAGACAACUCCGCCACCCUGGGGCCCCCAAAAGUCCCCUACAGCCUUUCCCUAUGUCAGCCUCUUUAACAAAUUUGGCAGACAUCCAAGAUGCCACAAGCAUAACACUGGCAUUAAAAACUCUGGGAAGCUUUGAUUUUGAAGGCCACUCUUUGACCCAGUUUGUCCAGCAUUGUGCUGAGCAGUACCUGUCCAGUGACCACAAGGAGAUACGCAUGGAAGCCGUCCGUACCUGUGCUAGGCUGCUGACUCCUCUUCUACAGUUGCUUGCCAAUAGUCAAGGACAGAUCAGCAUAGCGGCCAUGAAUACAGUGGCUGAGGUGUUACAUAAGCUGCUGGUAGUGGGCAUCACAGACACAGAUUCUGACAUCAGAUACUGUGUUCUGGUCUCUAUGGAUGACCGGUUUGAUCCUCAUCUAGCCCAAGCAGAGAAUCUGUCCGCUUUGUUUGUGGCCCUGAAUGAUGAGGUGUUCGAGAUUCGUGAGCUGGCAAUUUGUAUCAUUGGUCGACUUAGCAGUAAAAACCCAGCAUAUGUCAUGCCUUCUUUGAGGAAAACACUUAUUCAGAUCAGAACAGAGUUGGAAUACAGUGGGGUGGGAAGAAACAAAGAACAAGCCGCUAAAAUGCUUGGCCACCUGGUGGCUAAUGCUGCCCGCCUGGUGCGCCCGUACAUGGAACCCAUAUUGAACGCCCUGAUCCCCAAACUGAAGGAGCCCGACCCUAACCCCAACGUCACCAUCAGUGUACUGGUCGCCAUAGGAGAACAGGCACAGGUCAGUGGUACAGAGAUGAGGAAGUGGAUGGAUGAGUUACUUCCCUUGAUCUUGGAAAUGUUACAAGACUCGUCGUCUCUACAGAAAAGAGAGGUUGCACUGUGGACCCUGGGACAGCUGGUUGAGAGUACAGGAUACGUGAUCGAGCCCUACAAACGCUACCCCUCAUUGCUGGAAGUACUCCUUAACUUCUUGAAAACAGAGCAAGCUACAGGAAUUAGAAGAGAGGUGAUCCGUGUGCUUGGUUUGCUUGGAGCUCUUGAUCCACACAAACAUAAGAUGAACCAGGGAAUGAUUCAGAGGAAUGAAUCCAACUCUGUCAGUGCAUCGGACACAAAGCUAUCCUCUGACAGCACCCAGCCUGAGAACACAAGUGAAAUGUUAGCCAACAUGACCGCUUCUACCACUCUGGAGGAAAUCUAUCCAGCCAUUGCCAUAGCAACACUGAUGCGGAUAAUCCGUGAUCCAUCUCUCUCACAGCACCACACAAUGGUGGUCCAGGCGAUCACCUUCAUCUUCAAGAGUCUGGGAAUUAAGUGUGUCCCGUACAUCCAGCAGGUGAUCCCAGCUUACCUGGCGGUCAUCCGGUCCGCAGAUCAGACGUUUAGAGAGUUCUUGUUCCAACAACUGGGAGUCAUCAUUGCGAUCGUGAAACAACAUAUCAGGAACUACCUCAAUGAUAUUUUCACCAUUAUAAAGGAGUACUGGAGUCCCAACAGCACCAUGCAGAACACAAUCAUUAACCUGGUGGAGCAGAUUGUGACGGCCCUGGGGACAGAGUUCAAGAUCUACCUCCCCCAGAUCAUUCCCCAGAUCCUCAAAGUCUUCAUGCAGGACUCCAGCGACAACCGGGCAGUCACCGGCAAGUUACUGAAUGCCCUACAGUUGUUUGGGGCUAACCUUGAUGACUACCUCCAUCUACUCCUCCCUCCUGUGGUGAAGCUGUUUGACAGCCCAGAUGUCCCUCUCUCAGUCAAAAGGAUUGCCUUGGAAACGGUAGAUAAAUUGACCUUGACCCUUGACCUGACAGAGUUUGCUUCCCGGAUCAUUCAUCCCCUUGUGAGAACCUUGGACUCUGUGCCUGAGUUACAGACAGCUGCCAUGGAUACACUGUGUGCCAUGGUGAUGCAGAUGGGUCCAAAGUUCACUAUCUUCAUUCCGAUGGUCCAACGUGUGAUACAGAAACACAAGAUAGCUCACCAGCGAUACUUCAUUCUUAUGGCAAGGAUUCUCAAGGCAUCAACCAUUGCUGAGGAAGAAGAUGAUCCUAUUUUAUUAAAGCACAGAAAGAAUCGUGGGAAGGCAACAGAAUCUAGUGAAUCGAUGGCAGACACAGCUGUGAUUAAGAAGCUUCAUGUCAGCUUUAUAAAUCUCCAAAAGGCUUUGGAAGCUGGGAGAAAGGAAUCCAAGGAAGACUGGAUGGAGUGGCUGAGGAGACUGAGUAUAGAGCUCCUGAAAGAGUCCCCAUCCCCUGCCCUCAGGUCCUGCUGGGCCCUGGCCCAGACCUACAACUCGCUGGCCAAAGAUCUGUUCAAUGCUGCCUUUGUGUCCUGCUGGACUGAACUUACAGAAGCACAGCAAGAUGAACUCAUUCUUAGUCUCGAACAAGCCCUCACAUCUCAGGAAAUACCCGAGAUCACUCAGACUCUUCUUAAUCUGGCAGAAUUCAUGGAACACUGUGAUAAAGGGCCCCUACCAUUAGAUACCUCACUAUUGGGAUCUCGGGCGAUGAGGUGCCGAGCGUAUGCCAAGGCUCUACACUACAAGGAAGAGGAGUUCCACCGGGGACCCACCACAGCCACUCUCGAAUCUCUGAUCAGUAUUAACAACAAGCUUCAGCAGCCCGAGUCUGCCUCUGGUGUGCUACAGUACGCACAGAACCACAGGACUGAUGUGAAAGUACAAGAAAGCUGGUAUGAGAAGCUUCACGAGUGGAAUAAAGCUCUAGAGGCCUACGAGAAAAAACAGGAGGAGAAACCUGAGGAUUUCAACCUGACUCUGGGCAGAAUGAGAUGUCUAGAGGCAUUAGCAGAGUGGGGUCACCUUCAUCAGAUUGCCUGUGAGAAGUGGGGGACCAGUAGUGAUGAGAAUCGCACUGACAUGGCGAGAAUGGCUGCUUCAGCUGCCUGGGGACUGGGUCAGUGGGACAGUAUGGAGGAGUACAUGUGUCUGAUCCCCAGGAACAGUUACAAUGGGGCAUUUUACCGUGCUGUGUUUGCUCUCCAUACAGAGAACUACCAGUUAGCACAACAGUGCAUUGACAAAGCCAGAGAUAUUCUGGACACAGAGCUGACAGCUAUGGCAGGGGAGAGCUACAACAGAGCCUAUGGGGCCAUGGUCAAUGUCCAGAUGUUGUCGGAGCUUGAGGAGGUCAUGCAGUUUAAACUGGUCCCCGAACGACAGGAGGCCAUCAAGCACAUGUGGUGGGACCGCCUCCAAGGCUGUCAGCGCGUGGUGGAAGACUGGCAGAAGAUCAUCCAGGUCCGCUCCCUGGUUGUGUCGCCCCUGGAAGACAUGAAAACAUGGCUGAAGUACGCCAGCCUGUGCAGGAAGAGUGGAAGACUGGCCCUUUCCCAGAAGACUCUGGUGAUGCUGUUGGGGAUGGACCCUGCUAAGAACUGUGAUAAGCCUAUUCCUACCACCAACCCUCAGGUCACCUUUGCUUACCUCAAACACAUGUGGAAGAGUAGUCAGAAGAAAGAAGCUUAUGGUAAAUUGCAACAUUUUGUCCAACAUUCACUUCAAACUCGGGCUCUCCAACUGAUAACGCCUGAGGAUACUCAACAAAGAACUCAACUGAACAAGUUGCUGGCUAGGUGUUACCUGAAGCUUGGAGACUGGGCGGACAUGUUGUAUGGAGUGAACGAAGAAUCGGUGACCCAGAUUCUAGAGUACUACAGCCUGGCCACAGAGUACGACAAAUACUGGUACAAGGCGUGGCAUGGAUGGGCUCUAAUCAACUAUGAAGCGGUCUUAUUUUACAAACAAUCAGAGAAGUCGGGCAAUCAGCCCCAGUCCCCUGGAGAUAUUGGCCCUCCGGGGAGAGGAGACGCGCCCCUCUCACCAAAGACGGACACCAGUGUCUCCACUGCCUCCAAGAUGCAUAAAUACUGUGUCCUAGCUGUACAGGGAUUCUUUAGGUCCAUCUCUUUGUCCCAGAAUAAAAGUUUACAGGACACACUCAGGUUGUUGACGCUGAUGUUUGACUAUGGUCAGUGGUUAGAGGUAUACGAGGCAUUGAAUGAUGGACUGAAAACCAUACAGGUGGAGAACUGGCUGCAGGUGAUUCCUCAACUGAUUGCCAGGAUUGACAUUCCACGCCCCUUGGUCAGUCGUCUCAUCAGUCAGCUCUUGAUCGACAUCGGCAAGGCUCACCCUCAGGCCUUGAUUUACCCCCUUACUGUGGCCUCCAAGUCUAACGUUCCUGCCCGCCAAACAGCAGCCAACAAAAUCCUGAAGAACAUGUGUGAACACAGCAACACUUUGGUACAACAGGCCAUGCUGGUGAGUGAGGAGCUGAUCCGAGUGGCCAUUCUCUGGCAUGAGUUGUGGCAUGAGGGACUAGAGGAGGCCUCCAGGCUAUACUUUGGGGAAAGGGACAUCAAGGGCAUGUUCUCUACCCUGGAGCCGCUACAUAACAUGGUGGAGCGCGGCCCCCAGACCCUCAAGGAAACUUCAUUUAAUCAGGCGUAUGGCCGUGACCUGAUGGAGGCCCAGGAGUGGUGUAGGAAGUACCAGAGGUCAGAGAACGUCAAGGACCUGACCCAGGCCUGGGAUCUAUACUACCAUGUGUUCAGGAGGAUCUCUAAACAGCUACCUCAGCUGACAUCCCUGGAGCUUCAGUAUGUUUCUCCUAAACUUCUCCGCUGUCAAGAUCUGGAGUUAGCUGUGCCUGGGAAGUAUGAACCAAACCAACCGAUCGUCAAAAUCAAACGCUGCCAGAGCUCACUGCAAGUCAUUACCUCAAAGCAGAGGCCCAGAAAACUCAGCAUAUUUGGUUCCAAUGGGAAAGAGUUCCAGUUCCUGCUGAAGGGACACGAGGACCUGCGACAAGACGAGCGAGUCAUGCAGCUCUUUGGACUAGUCAACUCUCUCCUGGUGGAAAAUCCAGAGACCUUCCGAAGGAACCUUACGAUUCAGCGGUUCUCCGUUAUCCCCCUGUCAACAAACUCCGGCCUGAUUGGCUGGGUCCCCCACACCGACACCCUACACUCCCUCAUCCGUGACUACCGAGAGAAAAAGAAAAUUCUGCUCAACAUAGAGCACAGGCUAAUGCUCAGAAUGGCACCGGACUAUGACCAUUUGACCCUGAUGCAGAAGGUGGAGGUAUUUGAGCAUGCUCUGGAGCACACCCAGGGAGAUGACCUGGCCAAGAUCUUGUGGUACAAGAGUCCCAGCUCAGAGGUGUGGUUCGAUAGACGUACAAACUACACUCGCUCCCUGGCUGUUAUGUCUAUGGUGGGCUAUGUGUUGGGUCUUGGAGACAGACAUCCUUCCAAUCUGAUGUUGGACCGUACUAGCGGCAAGGUCAUUCAUAUUGACUUUGGUGACUGCUUUGAGGUUGCCAUGGUGAGAGAAAAGUUUCCGGAAAAGAUUCCAUUCCGCUUGACUCGCAUGUUAAUCAAUGCUAUGGAGGUGACAGGUAUCGACGGUAACUAUAAGAUGACCUGUGAGAGUGUGAUGGAGGUACUAAGGGAACACAAGGACAGUCUGAUGGCCGUGCUGGAGGCCUUCGUGUACGACCCUCUCCUCAACUGGAGGCUCAUGGACACAACAGCCAAAGGGAAAACAAAGACCAAAGAUUCAUACUCUGGUGGAAGUCAAGAACAGGCAGACAUGUUGGAGAACGUCGAUAUCAAUCAGACCGCACACAAACGCUCCGCCCCUGAGGCCGCAAGUUCAGUCAGCGGGGACAAUUUCCAGGCAGAGGUCAUCAACAAGAAGGCACUGUCCAUCAUUAAUCGGGUUAGGGACAAACUAACUGGUCGUGACUUCUCUCAGGGGGAUCCAAUUGAUGUCCCCACCCAGGUGGACCUCCUGAUAAAACAGGCCACCUCCCACGAGAAUCUUUGUCAGUGUUACAUUGGGUGGUGUCCAUUCUGGUGAAAGGUUCUCGGCUCUGAUGUGUGUGCUGUGGUGAUUCCACCUUUAAACACUGUGUUAUGCAUGUCACCUGUGAUUUAUUAAGUUGGUUUGUCUUACAUACAUAAUUAUGUACAUUAACAUGCUGUUUUUUUAUUGCAAAUUAUGUAUAGAUUAAUUUGGCAGUUAAAUGUGCCUGUGUACAGAAGAUAGUUUGCAAAUGCCAUUUUGAAUCUUAUUUACUGAUUGUAUAUUUGUUUAUGGAUUAUUUAUGUAGUAGUGACAUGUUUUAGCAAUUUGCUAAACAAAUGAACAAGUACUGAAAAUGACAGAGAAUUAUGAUACAUGUACAUGUAUCCUGUGAAUCGUUUUAUUGUAAAUUAGAGACGUGAAAGUAUCAUAAAAUUUAGGAUCUUAAAGUUUGCUUCAAAACAAGUUAUAAGCUCCACUUUACUUAAUGAUUACUGGUAAUUAUUGACAAUGUUACUGCAAUUCAGGUUUAUUUUUUACAAUCAAACAUUGCUAGUAGCUUUACAUUUGCAACCACAUGCUUCACAACAUUUAUAUAUGAACAUUCAUGCUAUGAAUGUGUCGAGGUUCCAUAUUUUUAUGUGUACAGUAUGCUUCUAUGAAUGUACUUACUUGUACAUGCAGUCAUUAAGUCCUGUUUUGUAUUGUCUGAUGUACAUACUAGUGCUGGCUCUGUUAUUUUGUGCUGACAACAGUUUUUAUAAGUGCUAUGCGGAUAAAUUCUAAAUGUCUUUUUGUACAUGUUAAUACACAUGUAGUUAUUACACAUGUACAUGUUAUUAAGGUAUCCGAUCCAUAAUAGGACCUAAUUUUUCCAACCUUGAAUAUCCAUCAUGUAUUUAAUACUUUGAUACCUAAAGCAUUUUAAACAAGAAAAAGAUUUACUGAGAGAAAUUUUCAAAAAUAUUAUUAACUAAGCAGUGAUUAAUUGAUCAUAAAGAUUGCAUUAUGGUCUAUGGGGACAAGCACAUUUUUUAAAAUAAAAAAGUAAAUUCUAAGAAUAUCAAUAAAUGCUUUGGUGGAAAGAUGUAUUUUAUCAUUAGGAAUACAAAAACUAUUGAAAAUCAAUUUUACACUAUAUAGAUUUUUUAAAAUGAAUUUUAUAGAAUAAAAGCAAAGGGGCGCAACUCUUCAAAAAAAGGAAAAGGUCAUUAAUUAGGACAUUCCACUCUUACAUAUUGAUACUUAAACAUGAAAUUAUGUCCAAGUAUACUGAGUAUUAAGCCCAUACAUAUCUGUUAUGCACCAAAUUCAUUGAACCUGGGGCUAUUAUAGAUCGGAUACCUUAACGAACAUUCAUGUUGAUGUAUUUACUCUUUAAACCAUGCUUAUUAGAUUUGACAAAAAUAUUCUUGUGAUAUUCGCUGUGUUAUGGAAAUGGAGCUAUAUGUACAAUUGUCAUGAAAACUUUACAUCUACAAAUAUGCAUAUUGAGUAUGUUAAUUAUGAGGCAGAAAUCUUUUUUUUUUUUAUUUGACUCGCAAAUUGCAGAGAAAAAAAUCGCAAAAUAUGAAUACUUGAAAUAAAAACACAAAAUUUGUAGAUUUUUUAAGUUAUCAACCCUAUUUUUUUAUGAGGGAAGUAUUGGGGUAAUUCAAAGAGUUUUUGUAAAUACACAGUGCCAACAUUGUACCAUACAUGUAUGAAGCAUUUAUAAUUGUGUCAUAAAUGAAUACUGUUAUGUAUUACAAAUAUACUGUUAAAAAUGUCCUUUAAAGUAAUAUUGUUUGUGACAAUAAAUUAAAGAUAAAAUGUUAAUUCACA